UGGCGCUGCCGGCGCCAUUUUGCCUGAGCGUGCGAGCGAGUGGGAGUGGAGCGCCCCGGCCGUUGUCGCCGUCGCCCUUCCUCCUCCCCACACUCCGGACCGCGGGGUGACGAAGCCGUCGGCCCUCGAGCCGAGACUUGUCCCUCCUUUAGUUCUCGGGAACUCCUGGCCACCAUGAGUGAUGUAGAGGAGAACAACUUCGAGGGCAGACUUCCCAUCUCUGCUCCGAGGUGCGGGUCCCCGGCGCGGUGGGGCAGGAGGCGGCGGGGCGCUCCCUCCGGCCGGAUAGUGGAGUCUCGCUCUCAGUCAAAAUCUCCAACGGGAACUCCUGCUCGCGUAAAAUCAGAGAGCAGGUCAGGAUCUCGUAGUCCAUCAAGAGUUUCCAAACAUUCUGAAUCCCAUUCUCGAUCGAGAUCAAAAUCCAGGUCAAGGUCAAGGAGGCACUCUCAUAGACGCUACACUCGGUCCCGGUCCCAUUCUCAUAGAAGACGAUCUCGAAGUAGAUCCUAUACGCCAGAGUAUCGUCGACGAAGAAGCCGGAGUCACUCUCCAAUGUCUAAUCGCAGAAGACAUACAGGCAGCAGGGCAAAUCCAGAUCCCAACACUUGCCUGGGUGUCUUUGGCCUUAGUUUGUACACAACAGAGAGAGAUCUUCGUGAAGUAUUCUCUCGAUAUGGACCAUUGAGUGGUGUCAAUGUAGUUUAUGAUCAGCGAACUGGAAGGUCACGUGGAUUUGCUUUUGUGUAUUUUGAGAGGAUAGGUGACUCUAAGGAGGCUAUGGAAAGGGCAAAUGGAAUGGAGCUGGAUGGUAGAAGAAUUCGUGUGGAUUAUUCUAUCACCAAGAGAGCACACACGCCUACACCAGGCAUUUACAUGGGCAGACCGACUCAUAGUGGUGGUGGAGGUGGAGGAGGAGGCGGCGGCGGCGGAGGUGGCGGUGGUGGUAGACGACGGGAUUCUUACUAUGAUAGAGGAUAUGAUCGAGGCUAUGACAGAUAUGAAGAUUAUGAUUACCGGUACAGAAGAAGGUCACCUUCUCCUUAUUACAGUCGAUAUAGGUCACGGUCAAGAUCUCGUUCCUAUAGCCCAAGACGCUAUUAAUAAUGGAGUGGUUAUGGCCAAGGACUCCCCACCCCCCUUUUUUUCCCCCCUUUCCCCCUUUGAUUCUGGAUUUCCAAGCUUACAAUGCUUCCUAGUCCUAAAAACAAAACAAAAACCUGGUUUAUUUCAUCUAUCGUGUGGCCAGUUGUGUUGCUGUUUUCCACCCUUCGUUAUACUCUUAAAGGUGUAAUUGUCAUCUAAGUCCUUGAACAGCUGAGUAAAAAGGAGCCCAGUGUUAGACUUUGUGCUUCUUCUCUGCCUUUCCUAUGAGGAAAAAUGAUCUUUUGAAAGCUUUUGUGACGAAUAUUGUAGUAGAUGUCCUUUUAUUAGAAAUCUGCAGUUAUAACAAACUGCUUUUUAACCUCCUUUGGGGAAAGAUAAAUAACACUUGAAGUAGAUCAGUCAUGUCAAGUUUGUCUGGAGUGGCAUGGAACAGGAUUAGUUGAGUGUAGAAAGUUUGAAGCUGUAGGAGAAAAAUAUGAAGAAUGUAACUUUGAACCUAAAAAAUUAAGUCACCUUUUAGGAAUUAAAAGCUUGUAGAUUCCUAUAAAACUUGUUAUAUUUGAAGUUACAUGUUAAACCUUAUAAACUUAAAGUGUGAUUUUUAUGUUAAAUUUACAGAAACUUAAGUAUUCCCUUAAUCACUGAAGGAAAACCUUUAUUUAUUACCUAGAACAAUUGUAUAACUUGCUGUUAGAAAUUUUGGUAUUGGUUGGUUAUUGGUUACGUGGGUUAUUGUAUUGGAUAGGAUCCUAAAAUUCAUGUGGGGAAGAGUAAUUUCAAAUAAAAGUUAAUUUGAAAAUG